AGUGUCGAUUUUCCCGGCUUGGCCUGUGGCGAAGCCGUGGCAUGGAGAUUCCGCGCUUGAGCCAAUCUCACCAGCGCACAUCCUAGUUCAUAUAUCUGAUACGACGAGGCUGCGAUGGUAGGCCGGGAGAAAGCAUGUACAUACACACUGCCCGGGCCUGGCCCGAACACAAACCCGUGCCUCGCGCCGGCUGGGUUCAAUCCUCUCCAACUGAACCCGAAAUAGCCCAAACCAAAUGUUUGGCUUCCCGCGCUUUUUGCUCCUCCGCGCCUGUAACAUAAGCGCGCGGAGCCUGCGCUUGUCCAACAGUUGGACGACGACUCUUACGCGCAGCAGCAGCGCCUCCCGGGCCAAAAUCACGACGCUAUUCCGUGCUGCCUCUCGGGCUGCAGACGGGACCGGGCUGCGGCCGCGAUGGCCGAUCGGACGCGUCGGUCGACAGUGGAAUGUCCAGACUUACUACGGACGGUGA